GGCUGAGCAAGUUCUUUGUAGUAAGCCUUUCAGCUGUGAUUUUCUCACUAGCAUCUGGUACUUCUGCUUUUUUUGUGCUGAACAUCUCUAUUGACCAUGGAGACACAGAUGGUAUAUGACAUUGAUUAUUUAGACGGUAAUUCUACUGAGAAGGCAGCUAACAGCUAUCUAUAUUUUACAUGUGACGAUUCCUUGAGUGAAUACUUACAAGGACAUGAAACAUACGAUAAAGUCAAUCGUGUUGCAAUCCCAAUUAUCUACAGCCUUGUCUUUGUGGUUGGAACAGUGGGCAACGGCCUUGUCCUCUUCAUUCUCAUGAGGAACCAUCGCUCACGAUCCAGUACUGACAAUUUCCUUUUACACUUGGCAAUUGCCGAUUUGCUGAUGCUCAUCACAUUCCCCUUUACCAUUACAGAGGCUAUGGUUGGGUGGAUAUUUGGAGAUUUCCUCUGUAAGUUUUUGGGAGCUAUCAGCUGUUUAAAUUUCUAUUGCAAUAGCCUUCUCCUGGGGUGUAUUAGUAUUGACCGUUAUCUGUCUAUAAUCUAUGCUAUUCAUACCUUCAGAAAGCGAAGAAUUGAAUCAGUACACUUGGCCUGCAUUGCUAUAUGGAUUUUUUGUCUUUUGCUUUCACUACCAAACAUGUUUAUCCUGGGAACCCAAAAACUAGACAGUAAUAUUACAUGGUGCACAUACAAUCAAAGCCAUUUUCCAAGCAAUUUUUGGUGGCAAGCCGGACGAUUUAUGAAUCACAUUGUGGGAUUUUUAAUUCCAUUGAUCGUCAUGACCAUAUGCUAUUCCCACAUCAUAGCCACCCUAUGUAUCUCCCCAAGACGAGAGAAGAAAAAAGCUGUGAGAGUUGCUAUAGUGAUCACUGGGGUCUUCUUCCUUUGCUGGACUCCAUACAACGUGGCAGUAUUUCUAGAUACGUUGUAUCAAUAUGGAUGGAUAGAUAGUUGCGCAAUUCAGAACAAUCUGGAUAUAGUCAUUGCAGUCACAGAAGUAUUGGGAUUGACGCACUGUUGUUUGAAUCCCUUGCUCUACGCAUUUGUGGGGGCAAAGUUCAGGAAUGAUGCUCUGAGAGUUUUAAAACACAGAAGCUUCUCCGUCCUCUCCGUCAGUAGAAAGAGCAGCACCACAGAAUCUGAAAGUCGGACAGUCAUCUCCAGCAUCUAAAUGUUUCCGCAAUACUCCUACAAUCUUCAACCAUCACUUAUUAUACCAAAGAAAUACAAUGUAUUCUAUGUGCUGAUGUAUAAACUAUAACAUGAAUAAUAGACAGAGGAACUGCAGUAAAAAUAUUGCUAGUGACAUGCAAUAUGUUCUUUCUACAUUUCUAUAUAUUUCUGAUUUCUUUUUAUUGCUGUAUUACAUUUUACAGAUAUGGUAAUAAUAUUGUUUCAAUAAGUGAUCAUUCCAGCUGUCACGCCCCCUCCCAUAGGCUUGCAUUGAGGGGGCGGAGCGUGACAUCACACGGGGCAGAGCCGUGAUGUCACUAUGCUCCAUCCCUGUGAUCGCUAGUAAUCAGACCCGGAGCGAGCACACUCCGGGGGCUGAUUCUAACGGGGUGCGGCGUGGAAGAUCACGGGGGUCCCCAGCGGCGGGACCCCCGCGAUCAGGCAUCUUAUCCCCUAUACUUUGGAUAGGGGAUAAGAUGUCUUAGCGCCGGAGUACCCCUUUAAGGGUUUAUGAACAUGAUGCUAUUACUGCUCUGUGCAAGUUUUGAGUUAUACCGAUCUGUCACAAAAGCAUACAAACUUGGUAUGGUCCUGUAGACGACCUAUUUAUUAAAUUCCUCCUUGCAUCAAGACAGAACUGGGGAACACCAGUAGAAUAAUACUAGUGAAAGAGGUGCUUAAAAUA